CCCUUCCCCAUGCCGCCACAGCGGCAAUCCGGCAAGUUCGUCGCAGUUCGGCGUGCACUCGCCGAGACUGAUCGCGAAGCACGCAAGUGAGCGCUGCUGCUGGCUAGAUAAUACAGCAUUGCCUGCGUUGUUUUUCCGCAUUGUCAACAAAGCUUCUACCGUGUCGGAGACGAGAGGAACUGCCGUCGGUCUGCGACAUCAUCGUCACUCUCAUGGCAGAUCAUGAAAUCGUUCAGGCAAAAAGCAGUAGCUGGCUCUGGGGAUGGCUUAGCUGGUCUGUGGCAUCUUCAACCAUGUUACGUGCGGCAGAAAAGAAAAUCCUCUCAUGUCUAAAGACAGCUUACAGAGGAUGGUAUGUUGAUAUUGGACCAGUAGUGGGUACAGCAGACAAAAUAUGGACCAUUUCGUUGAAUGAAGAGUCAUCAAAAACUCCGAUUGUUUUGCUGCAUGGUUUAGGAUCUGGAGUAGCACUGUGGUGUUUAAAUUUGGAUGCACUAGCAAUUCAUAGACCAGUAUACGCUAUAGACUUAUUAGGAUUUGGCAGAAGCAGUAGACCUACCUUUAGCAACGAAGCUCAAGAAGCUGAGGAACAGCUUGUACAUUCUGUGGAAGAAUGGAGAAGAGAGAUGAAACUAGAGCAAUUUGUAUUACUGGGUCAUUCGAUGGGUGGCUUUCUUGCUGCAUCUUAUGCUAUGGAGCAUCCUCAAAGGGUCAAACAUCUCAUACUGGCUGAUCCAUGGGGUUUCCCUGAAAAGCCAUCCGACGUUGCUGCAAGAGUGCAUAUACCACUCUGGGUGAAAGCUAUAGCAUUUGCAGUACAGCCUUUAAAUCCUCUAUGGGCAGUUCGAUUGGCUGGUCCAUUUGGACAGUGGCUCAUUGAGAAAACAAGACCAGAUAUAGUGAAAAAGUUCUCUCCAUUGUUAGAUGAUACUACUGUGAUCUCGCAAUAUAUACACCAAUGCAACGCGCAGACGCCGUCUGGUGAAGGCGCAUUUCAUGCCAUGAUGCAAGGUUUUGGGUGGGCCAAAAAUCCUAUCGUCAAACGGAUACACAAAUUAAGCAAUGAUAUACCCAUAACUUUGCUUUACGGCAGCAGAUCGUGGGUUGAUAAUACAACCGGUGAGACAAUCAAGGAGGCUCGGCCAUCAUCGUACGUUAACGUUCAGGUAAUUACCGGCGCUGGUCAUCAUGUUUAUGCGGACAAAAGUGAAAUUUUUAAUAAAUAUGUGUCGGAAGCAUGUGCUCUGAGCGACUCGUCGUCUCAAUUAACACCAUCGAAAGUACAUUUAUACCCGAAACCCAUAAGCGACCAAGAGAUAGAAAUGUAAUUCUGAAUCAGAAUAAUUGAAGAGUAUAAUUGAAGAACCAAGGCCAUAGGAACAGGACUCGGAGAUAUGUAAACCAAGAUCUAGUUGAAAUUUAGUGCGAGAUACUUUUACGAAACAGAAGGUUGUGAUUCUGUUGGAUGGUACAAAAAAGUGACACACCUUACGUAUGUAUGAUGAUAUAGUCGAGAAUUUUGCGUGAUACGCUAAAUAUGUACGGAUACGCGUUUUAAAUUCUGCGUUUAUAUCAUAACGCAACAAGAUGUUGUAUGAUCUAGUAACACAUACAAAUGACGGAUACUAGUUUUAUGCGAUAAUUGAUUAUAGAUUAUAAUGCACCAGAGAAUUACAAAGAUUUUGUUCUAUUUCACAUCUUGGAGAUCAUAACGAUGUAUCAUUGCAAAUGCGUGAAGAGUGUUAGGGAGAUUGGAUGUGAUCUUGCCAUAAUUGAAAUCUAUUUUUAUCCUUUAUAAUUAUCAACUAAUAUACAAUUAGCUAAAGUUAUAAGAAAUGUAUAGAAGUCAGAGGAAUUAAGAGAGUCUUUACAAAGUGCAGUCAUUAUAUAUAUAGUUUGUAUAUUAAAUGUACAGUUUUAAUUUUAUUAAUAUAAACUGCUCUUGUCCAGAAACUAGCGAUUUCAAUGUUUUUGUUAAUAAUUGUGUUAUAUAUUCGCGAACGCGCGUA